AUGUCUUCCUCCUCCGAAUCCUAUAACACCGUCGCCAUUUACCAGAAUGAAGUGAAUCAUCCCUGCUUGUGCCGUGAUCAGCCUAUGUUAAAGCUCAGAGGAGCUUGGAAGCCUAACAACCCAACUCGUCGCUUCUACAAUUGUGCAAGAUCAAUGAUAUCCAACGAUAGUUGCAACUUCUUCCAGUGGCUUGACCCAACAUUACCAAGACACUACAAGGAUACGUUAUGGAACAUGAAACUUAGGAUCAACAACCUUUUGGUUAGGAAUGGUCAAGUUGUUGAGCUGCAGAAGAAGGUGGAGAAGCAGAAUCUUCUUAGGAAAGCUGGGAAGGAACUUGUUGAAGCUAGGAUCCAAGAACUACUCAUUGAGAUUGAAAUGUUAAAAAAUGUUGUUUUGAUUGUUCUGGUCUACUUGUUGUUUGUGGUCAUGUACUUUAAGCUGUAG